AUACUGCACUACAGAUAGUAAAAAGUUUACGCCCGUUAAAUCUCUAAAUUAACUUUUGAAAUAAUCCCUGGUUUUGAUAUCAAAUCAAAUGCAAAUCAGUGUUGUCAAGCAAUAAGGCACCAAUUUCUAACAUUUGAAUAUGGAGGAUGAAACAGAGAACGGGCAUCAUGCAAAGUUCUUUAUUGGAACGGAAGACAGCUCACCAAACAACAGUAAAAGCGAAGGAAUGCCCCAGGGCACCAGACAAUCUUAUGAACUUUUUUAUCGGAAUUCUUUCAGCGAGGAUGAUUUUGUUAUGGAAGAAAGAAAGAAGAUCGUUGUUGGAAUCUGUGCAAUGGACAAGAAAGUCAGUUCAAAGCCCAUGAAAGAAAUUCUAAACAGACUUGCAAUGUUUGAAUAUUUAACUUUAGAAGUUUUUCCACAAGAUGUAAUUUUGAACCGUAACGUUGAAGAUUGGCCGUCAUGUGAUUGCCUGAUCUCGUUUCAUUCAACUGGUUUUCCGCUUUCAAAAGCUGUGGAAUAUUCGAACUUAACAAAGGCAUUUUUAAUCAAUGAUUUGGAAACUCAAUUUUUCAUACAAGACAGAAGAGAAGUUUAUAGAAUUUUAAAAGAACAUGGAAUAGAAAUGCCACGAAAUGCAGUUUGCAAUAGAGACGGAGAAGAAGCAGAAUGUAAUUUUGAAGAAUAUGAAGACCACAUUGUAGUUGGAAAUGAAACAUUUCACAAACCAUUUGUUGAAAAACCAGUGGAUGCAGAAGAUCAUAAUAUACAUAUCUAUUAUCCAUCUUCUGCUGGUGGUGGAUGUCAGAAGUUAUUCAGAAAGGUUCCGAUUGGAAAUCGUAGCAGUCAAUAUUCUGCUCAAAGUUCAAUUCGUAAGAAAGGAUCGUUCAUUUACGAAGAUUUUAUGCCAACUGAUGGAACAGAUGUGAAGGUGUACACGGUAGGUCCAGAAUACGCUCAUGCCGAGGCAAGAAAAUCACCUGCUUUAGAUGGUAAAGUAGAAAGAGAUAGGGAUGGUAAAGAAGUUCGAUUUCCUGUUAUAUUAUCAGCAAAAGAAAAACUUAUUGCAAGAAAAGUCUGUCUUGCAUUCAAGCAAACUGUCUGUGGAUUUGAUUUUUUACGAGCACAUGGAAAGUCUUAUGUUUGCGAUGUAAACGGAUUCAGCUUUGUUAAAAAUUCAAAGAAAUAUUAUGAUGAUUGUGCUAAAGUUUUAGGAAAUAUUAUCAUCAGAAAUCUUGCUCCUCAAUUUCAUAUUCCUUGGUCAAUUCCUACUGAUGACGAUAUACCUAUUGUACCAACUACUUCUGGAACCAUGAUGGAACUUCGAUGUGUGAUAGCAGUUAUUCGUCACGGAGAUCGGACACCAAAACAGAAAUUGAAAAUGGAAGUACAACACCACAAAUUUUGGGAUCUUUUUCGAAAAUACAAUGGUCAUCAAUCUGGCUGUUUGAAACUGAAACGACCGAAACAAUUACAAGAAGUAUUGGAUGUUGCCAGAUAUUUAUUAUCAGAACCAAGUGCAAUUCUCUGUGAAAAACGUCAAAAAUUGGAACAACUUAAAACAGUAUUGGAAAUGUAUGGACACUUCUCUGGUAUUAACAGAAAAGUUCAAUUCAAGCAAGUAUCAGGAAGUAAAAAUAUAACAUCAAGUUCUGAUGACAGUGAUCAGCAAAAAACAGUUCGACGAAAUCCCACUCUUCUACUUAUUUUGAAAUGGGGAGGAGAAUUGACACCGGCUGGUCGAGCACAAGCCGAAGAUCUCGGACGAGCGUUUCGUUGCAUGUAUCCUGGAGGAAAAGUCGAAGGUCACUUUACAGGAGAUUAUGCUGGGUUUCCUGGUUGUGGACUACUACGACUACACAGCACUUAUCGUCAUGAUUUAAAGAUUUACGCAUCAGAUGAGGGAAGAGUACAAAUGACUGCUGCAGCAUUUGCCAAAGGUCUUCUUGCUCUGGAAGGUGAAUUAACCCCAAUACUUGUUCAAAUGGUCAAAAGUGCAAACAUGAAUGGAUUGUUGGACAGUGAAGGAGACAGUUUGAGUGAAUGCCAACAGAACUUUCUACACUUUGAUUUUGACGGUGGAAAUCAUCGUCUACUAUGGAAGCAGUUAGCUGUAAAAGAGAAACUGCAAACCAUGUUAAAUCAGGAUAAACUUGAAAACUUAGAUGCCUUGGUUCCUCUCCAGCCAGCAUCGAUUGUAACAGCUGCAAAAAGCAUAGAAAAUCCUUUACAAACAAUGGGAAAAGUACAUACGUUGAUAAAAGAACUCACAAAAGAAAUCAAAAAUCGUUUACAUAAUCCUUCAGAAGAACAUACUGAGCUUUAUCAUAAUGAGACUUUAGGACUGAUGUUGCAGAGAUGGGCAAAAUUAGAGAAAGAUUUUAAAAUUCAUAAGAAGAGAUUUGAUAUCAGCAAAAUUCCUGAUAUUUAUGACUGCAUAAAGUAUGAUCUGCAACACAACAGCAAGUUAAAACUGGAAAAAUUCACAGAAUUAUACAGCUUGUCAAAAACUCUUGCUGAUAUUGUUAUACCACAGGAGUAUGGUAUAACCAAACAUCAAAAACUAGAUAUUGCUUUGGGAUAUUGUAUCCCACUUUUACGCAAAAUUAAAGUUGAUCUGGAGAGAAAUUUAGAAGAUGAUACAUACAGAUUGAAUCCAAGGUAUUCAAGAGGAGUGUUAUCACCAGGUCGACACGUUCGAACAAGAUUAUAUUUCACAAGCGAAAGUCAUAUUCAUUCUCUUUUGACUAUACUUAGAUAUGGAGGUCUAUGUAAUGAAGUAAAUGAUGACCAAUGGAAAAGAGCUAUGGAAUAUGUAAAUGCAGUUUCUGAAUUAAACUAUAUGACCCAGAUUGUGAUAAUGUUGUACGAAGAUCCAAAUGAAGAUCCAUCUUCGGAGAAAAGAUUCCAUGUUGAACUACAUUUUAGUCCUGGUGCUCGGGGAACUUUUCCUGAUGUUGACUUCCCUCAAGGUGGAGGAUUCAGGCCUGCGUCGAGACCUUCAUCAAGAGGACAAUCACCAUUGCCAAAAGUGCCGGAACGUCCUUCUAGUUCAGAAGAGAAAUCAAGGCAGGCUUUAGAUUCAUCUCCAUCCAGAAUUCCGGUUUGCAUAACGAGUAGUAGGCAUUCAGUGAUGUCUAGAACAUCACAAAGCUCAGUUAUAGAAGUUUGCCCGCCUUCUGCACCAGAUAUUAGACGUUUAGCAAGAAUUCUUCAAAAUGCAAUUAAUAUUGCAUCAUGGAGUGCAACACAACAUAUGCAGCAGGCAUUUCAGAAUAAACAAAACGAGAAAGGUUCUGAGAGAAGUACGAGGCAGGUUGAACAGAUUAAAGAAGUUGAUGAGAAGAAGUGUUCAAGUUCUGCUUCUGAUAGUACAUUUGUUGAUUCUGAUCACAACAACAACACCCCUGGUACAAGUGAUCAAGAAGAACCAGAUGCAUCUGAAGCUGUGCUAAGAUUUCUGAAAAACAGUAAACCUCAUCGCAGUGCACCACCUGCUCCGGUUGAGCAUGAAAGACCAUCUUCUCGAUCAAGGAGGCGAUCAACACAUCGACAACAUUCAGCACAAACUGGAAGACAUCCUCAUGUUUCCAGAUCUUAUGAAAAUAAGGGUGGAUUAGGAUCUCAAAGUUGCCUGUUCAGUACUAAAGUGUUAGCAGGAGGUAGAUCGUCAUCUUCAACUCCAAAUAUUCCUAAUGAAUUCGCCCAUGCAUAUACUGUGUCUGAUAUGUCUGCAGUAUCUGAUCAUAUGUCACUGGUACCUUCUAUAAGAGCAUUGGAAACUCUUCAUAAUUCUCUGUCACUGAAACAAAUGAAUGAUUUUUUGGAUAUGAUUACCUGUAAGGGAACCAAUGCUGCUGUACCACCACCUCCACCAGUACCUAGCAAACCACCUGCUUUAGAUUUGCCAGUGAAUGCUUUCACACCACUUAAGAUCAAUCCUAAUGUUUAUGAUGAUAUACCUUAUGCAGAUGCAACAUAAAAGCAACUUAUUUUCAUCAACACUUUUGCAGCAGAUAUAAUUGAUUCCUUUAAAAAGAAUGUACUUGUGUCACUGAUCUCUAUUAUCAUUGCAUCACCCAAUUUAUUUUUAUGCUGGUUUCAUUUCUGCCUGCUAUUCAUAAUAUGCAUUGUGAAUCCUAUGCUUAUUGCACAUAUUUCUUGCGAUCAAAGUCACUGUGUGUCUUCUUAUUCAUUGAUAAUUUAUUGAAAUUGUAUGUAUUUUGCUGUUGAUGAAAUAACAUUUUAUUGAAAUUGUUUAUAAUUGAAACUAAACACAGAUAAAACAUGCCACCGAU